UUACACGAAUCCUACAGAUAUUACUUCCGGUUUCAGACAGUAAACAUGGGGGAGGCACCACCGACUAUUCCUGUCCUAUCAAGGCCGGUUCUGGACCCCACCAGGGACUUUAUCAGUACAGAACGCUAUCUACAGUCUCUAGAAAGAAAACUGGACAAGGUCCAAGGGAAAAAAGGCAAAGAAGUAAACUCUAAAGACAUUAUCGAAUCUCUAAGUAAAGUUAAAGAUGACCAGAUGACCCAGCUGAUGUCCGAGACUAGGGUCAGUGGUGACGACCCAGACCAAUACAAGGGGUCAGUGCUUAACAAGAACCAUAACUCUUCUCAGUUGGAGGAAGUGGUGGCACUAGUGUACCAAGACUGUCUAGCAAAAUCUCACGAAUCACAACAGGGAGAAGCAGAACAACCGACAGGAAAAGACGUCUCAAAAACAUGAUGUCUGAUGUCCUCUAUAUCAGAAAUAUGGGAUUAAACAACUGUCUGAAAAAAACUUUUUAUGUGCAAUAUUUGCGUUUCAUUUAGGAAAAAUUGAUGAAUAUUGAUCUGGUUUAAUGUUACCAUUUUACAUGUGAACAUUUCUGUAUACUCCAUCAUGUACAGCUCCUUCACUCACUGUUCUCUUGUAGCUAGUGUAGACAUGUUGAUUUGACCUGAGCACACCCAGAGGAAUAAACAAUAAACAUGUCCCAGCUAGAGCAGAUGGUAUGAACUCAUUUGUUGGAAUGUCUGUUGUGGCACCUCAUUGAAGCUACAUCCCUAUGACAGCAUUAAUUUGAUGGAGCAUCAAUCCAUGAGGAGUACUUGUUUGUUUUACAUUGGGAGGGUACAGUUCUGUUUUACUGUGAUUCAGCCAAUCACAGCAGCCAAUUUCUAGAAUGAUCUGUACUAGCUAUAUAUGGUUGUGUUAUUUAAAAAUAAAAUGCAUUUUUCCAUGUAUGUUAA